CGUAUGUGCUUGUUAUAUAUUUGUUGACGUUCUCACAUUUCUAUCUCAACAUUAACAUUACCCCAAUACCUUUAAAGAGAUUCCCGUCCUAAAAGGACUAUAGGAACAUUGGGUGUUCGAUUAUGCUAUAAUUAUGAAACAAUACUAAGAUUGUUUUAAAACGAAACUAAUUCUUCAUUUCUAAUUGCGCAGCCAUCAAUUUCAGCAACAAGAUUAAUCAGAAAAGCACUCCCAGGCUCCAAACAAAUAACUGUAACACAAUCUCACCCUUUUAAAAAAACAGAAUUCCCUUUACAAUGCACCCCUGAAAUGAUCAAUGCCACCCAAACAUGCCCUUCCAAUUACUACCCAACCACAUUCAACCCUACUAACCCAUCAACCCGAACAUGCCCCGAGUACUUCAAAUGGAUCCACGAAGACCUCCGGCCUUGGAGAGACACCGGCAUCACUAGGGACAUGGUUGAAGCAGCUAAAGAAUUCGCGUUUUUUAGACUAGUUGUGGUUAAUGGUAAGGUAUAUUGGGAAAAAUACAGAGAUGCUUAUCAAACAAGGGAUGUUUUUACCAUUUGGGGAAUACUGCAGCUUCUAAGACUUUAUCCAGGGAAGCUACCGGACUUGGAUAUCAUGUUCGAGGCAGGGGAUGUUCCUGUGGUUCGCAAGAGUAACUACACCGGACAUGAAUCAAAUGCUCCUCCUUUGUUUCACUAUUGUGGAGAUGAUGAUACUCUUGAUAUAGUGUUUCCUGACUGGUCUUUUUGGGGCUGGCCAGAAAUUAAUAUAAAGGGUUGGGAAGGAUUGAAGAAGGAUUUAGCAGAAGGAAACAAUAGAGUUCCAUGGAUGGAUAGGUUACCUUUUGCCUUUUGGAAAGGGAAUGCUGAUAUGGGUGACAGAAUUAAGCUUCUUCAGUGCAAUUCUACUGACCAGUGGAAAACUCAGAUUGCUACUCAGGAUUGGGAGCAAGAAACUAAGCUUGGGUUCAAGUCAUCAAAUUUAGCUGACCAAUGUGUUCAUAGGUACAAGAUCUAUAUUGAAGGAAUCGCGUGGUCUGUCAGUGAGAAAUAUAUUCUAGCAUGUAAUUCUCUAGCACUCCUUGUAACACCUAAGUGGUACGAAUUUUUUACAAGAAGCUUAAUACCCAUGAAGCAUUUUUGGCCUAUUAAUCCUAAUCCUGAGAACUUAUGCAAGUCCCUGAAGUUUGCUGUUGAUUGGGGUAACAAGCAUACAGAAAAGGCACAAAAGAUUGGAAAAGCGGGCAGCAAAUUCGUUCAAGAACAAUUAACCAUGAAAAAUGUCUACGACUAUAUGUUUCAUUUGCUGAAUGAGUACGCGAAACUUUUAAGGUAUAAACCAACUGUGCCACCGGGAGUUAAUGAAACGUGCUCGGAGGAAAUGGCUUGCCUUCAAGAAGGGCUACAGAAGCAGUUUAGACUAGACAAUAUGGUUAAGGGUCCUUCUAAUACAAACCCAUGUAUAUUAGAACCUCCUCAAGCACCUCAAGUUAUUAAGGCUUUCUUGGAAAAACAAAAUAGUGUAAGAAGGCGCGUGGAUGGGUGGGUGGCACAGGGGAGUUCUAGCGAAGAUUUAUGA